AUGGCUACACCACUGACCGACUACGAGAGGAGAAAACAAAUUAGUGUUAGGGGGAUCGCGGGGCUGGGGGAUGUCGCCGAGAUCAAGAAGAGCUUCAACAGGCAUCUUCAUUUCACACUUGUCAAGGAUCGCAAUGUGGCGACCCCCCGGGAUUACUAUUUCGCACUGGCUCACACCGUUAGAGACCACCUGGUUGGACGAUGGAUUCGCACUCAGCAGUAUUACUAUGAAAAAGACCCCAAGCGUGUCCACUACCUGUCUCUGGAGUUCUACAUGGGCCGGACGCUGCAGAAUACUAUGGUUAACCUGGGCCUGCAGAAUGCAUGCGACGAAGCCAUCUACCAGCUGGGACUGGACCUGGAAGAGCUGCAGGAGAUCGAGGAGGAUGCCGGCUUGGGCAACGGUGGACUGGGGCGUCUGGCAGCUUGCUUCCUGGACUCUCUGGCCACCUUGGGCCUGGCAGCUUACGGCUAUGGGAUCCGGUAUGAGUUUGGCAUCUUCAACCAGAAGAUCACUAAUGGCUGGCAGGUGGAGGAAGCAGAUGAUUGGCUGCGCUAUGGCAACCCCUGGGAGAAGGCCCGCCCUGAGUACAUGCUGCCUGUCCAUUUCUAUGGCCGAGUGGAGCACACUAGCAGUGGGGCCAAAUGGGUAGACACUCAGGUCGUGCUGGCCAUGCCUUACGACACACCAGUGCCUGGUUUCAAGAACAACACCGUAAACACCAUGAGGUUGUGGUCAGCAAAGGCUCCCAAUGACUUCAACCUGCAGGAAUUCAACGUGGGUGAUUACAUCCAAGCCGUACUGGACAGGAACUUGGCAGAGAACAUUUCCAGAGUCCUUUACCCCAAUGACAAUUUUUUCGAGGGGAAGGAGCUGCGUCUGAAGCAGGAGUACUUCGUGGUGGCCGCCACCCUGCAGGACAUCAUCCGUCGCUUCAAGUCCUCCAAGUUUGGUUGCCGAGACCCCAUCAGGACCUCCUUUGAGACCUUCCCUGAGAAGGUGGCAAUCCAGCUCAAUGACACUCAUCCUGCCCUUGCCAUUCCCGAGCUCAUGAGGAUCCUGGUGGAUGUGGAAAAGCACGACUGGACCAAGGCCUGGGAGGUGACGGUGAAGACGUGUGCAUACACCAACCACACCGUACUGCCCGAGGCCCUGGAGCGCUGGCCUGUGCACAUGUUUGAGAAGCUGUUGCCACGACACCUGGAGAUUAUCUACGAGAUCAACCACCAGCACCUAAAGAGGAUCGAGGCCUUGUACCCAGGCGAUACUGACCGGCUACGUCGAAUGUCCCUGAUCGAGGAGGGUGACCCUAAGCGGAUCAACAUGGCGCACCUGUGUGUGGUGGGCUCGCACGCCGUCAACGGAGUUGCCCGCAUCCACUCGGACAUCGUCAAGACCACUGUAUUUAAGGACUUCUGCGACAUUGAGCCAGAGAAGUUUCAGAAUAAGACCAAUGGGAUAACGCCACGCCGGUGGCUGCUGCUCUGCAACCCGGGCCUGGCUGACAUCUUUGCUGAGAAAAUUGGGGAGGGGUUUUUGACUGAUCUUUCUCAGCUGAAGAAGCUGUUGGACUUUUUAAACAACGAUGGCUUCAUCCGUGACGUGGCCAAAAUCAAGCAGGAGAACAAGCAGAAGCUUGCGGCCUACCUGGAGGAGGAGUACCAUGUAAAGAUCAACCCCGAGUCCAUCUUUGACAUCCAGGUCAAGCGGAUCCACGAGUAUAAGAGACAGCUUCUCAAUUGUCUCCACAUUAUCACCCUCUACAACCGAAUAAAGAAGGACCCCAAGAAGCACUUUGUCCCCAGGACUGUGAUGAUUGGAGGAAAGGCUGCCCCAGGUUAUCACAUGGCCAAAAUGAUCAUCAAGCUCAUCACCAAUGUGGGCCAGGUCAUCAACAAUGACCCUGUGGUGGGGGACAGACUCAAAGUCAUCUUCUUGGAGAACUAUAGAGUCUCUCUGGCUGAGAAGGUGAUCCCAGCGGCUGAUCUGUCGGAGCAGAUCUCCACGGCCGGCACAGAGGCCUCAGGCACGGGAAAUAUGAAGUUCAUGCUCAACGGUGCCCUCACUAUUGGAACCAUGGAUGGUGCCAAUGUGGAGAUGGCCGAGGAGGCUGGCGAGGAGAACCUCUUCAUCUUUGGCAUGAGGGUGGAGGACGUGCUGGCCAUGGACAAGAAGGGGUACAACGCUAAGGAGUACUAUGACCGCAUCCCUGAGCUGCGACAGGUGAUUGACCAGAUCCAGAGUGGGUACUUCAACCCCAAGGAGCCUGAGCUCUUCAAGGACAUAGUCAACAUGCUGCUGAAUCAUGACCGGUUCAAAGUGUUUGCUGACUAUGAAGACUAUAUCAGCUGUCAAGAUAAAGUCAGCGCUCUCUACAAGAAUCCUAAAGAGUGGACCAAGAAGGUAAUCCACAACAUCGCUGGGUCGGGCAAGUUCUCCAGCGACCGCACCAUCACGGAGUACGCCCGGGAGAUAUGGGGGGUGGAGCCUUCGGACGUGAAGAUCCCACCACCCAAUGAGCCUCGUGACUGAGGCCCGGCCCCACCCCCUCUGGGGGGGGGGGGGGGGGGUGAGCUGCAUGGCUAGUUCCAGCACAUCGGCCUGUGAGGGGAAGCAGCCAAAAUGCCUUUCACUUUGUGCCCUGAUACUGUACCUCUUCAGUCAAUCUUCACAGGGAACAUAAAACGUGCACUUAGGUUUAAUUUUUUUCCAUGUGUUCCCUUUUUAGAAAAAUAUUAGCUUAAGUUUCACCAGGAGGAGAGUUUAUUACAAGAGUUUUAUUGUUAUUUACUGAGGACCAUUUCGUAAUUUCCUUUAUGUUAAGAUGAUAGGAAUUUUACAAUUAUUAAUUGACCUCAUAUCCUGUAUUACUGAACAAGCGUUUAGAGUGUUUUUGUGUUCUUAUACGGUUUAAGGUUCCAGGUUAGUGUUAAUUUAGGGGCAGAUAAAAGGAAAAAUGAGGGGAAUGAAGGCAGGCGCUGGGGGACUGAGGGCCCUAAUUAGCCCACUGCCACAAAAGCCUUAAAUGAGACUUCAGAACUGUGCCGCAGCUGAAUGUAAUAGUGAUUCCAUGGCCAGAGUAGAACGUAGGAUUCACUUGAAUGUCUUCAUAGUUUUGCGUCUGUUAUGACUGAAUAUAAAGUGGUUUCUUUUGUUUUUUUCCUUGGUAGCAGCUUUUUCACCAUUACCGACGAGUACUGUACCAUUUUUACACUUAUUCUCGGCAAUCUUGUUAAUGAAUGAUAAAUAAAAAUGUAGUGUAUUAAA